CAUUGAAGAUACAUAAACCGCACUUCAUUUCCCAUACCCAACUCUAUAAUAGAUGCUUUGACUUCAAUCUCAUCUGUCUUCUUCUUGUUAUUCAGCUCAAUAUUAGCUUAAUCUUGUUCAGAUUCCCACUUUCUCCAGAUUGUUCAGAGAAUUGGUAAAAAGUUAGAAAAAAUGGGUAGCAAUUUCAGAAUAAUUGGGAAAUUGGCUUCAAUUUCAUCCAAAAAUCAAAGUUGGAGAAGCAGUAGAGGAUUUUCCUCAACAGUUGAAACGCUUAAGAAAAAUGACAGUUCCACCAAAUCUGUCAACCUUUUCUCUGCUAUUAAUCAAGCUCUUCACAUCGCCUUAGACUCUGAUCCUCGUUCUUAUGUAUUUGGAGAAGAUGUUGGUUUUGGUGGUGUCUUUCGUUGCACUACUGGAUUAGCUGACCGAUUUGGUAAACAGAGGGUCUUCAACACUCCUUUGUGUGAGCAGGGCAUAGUUGGAUUUGCUAUUGGUCUGGCUGCAAUGGACAAUCGAGCUAUAGCAGAAAUUCAAUUUGCAGAUUAUAUAUUUCCUGCUUUUGAUCAGAUUGUCAAUGAAGCUGCGAAAUUCAGAUACCGGAGUGGUAACCAGUUCAACUGCGGAGGUUUAACUAUAAGAGCACCUUAUGGAGCUGUUGGACAUGGUGGGCAUUACCACUCUCAAUCCCCCGAAUCUUUCUUCUGCCAUGUUCCUGGUAUAAAGGUGGUCAUCCCACGCAGUCCACAGCAAGCAAAAGGAUUGCUGUUGUCAAGCAUACGUGACCCAAAUCCAGUUGUCUUUUUUGAACCAAAGUUGCUUUACCGGAUGGCUGUUGAAGAAAUUCCUGAAGAUGAUUAUAUGUUGCCUUUAUCUGAGGCAGAGGUUCUCAGGGAAGGUACUGAUAUCACAUUAGUUGGUUGGGGAGCUCAGCUAUCUAUUAUGGAGCAGGCAUGCGUAGAAGCUGCAAAGGAGGGGAUCUCUUGUGAACUGAUAGACCUUAAAACUUUAAUACCGUGGGACAAGGAAACGGUAGAGGCCUCCGUGAAAAAGACAGGAAGGCUGCUGAUUAGUCAUGAAGCUCCUGUGACAGGUGGAUUUGGUGCUGAAAUAUCUGCAUCUAUAGUUGAACGUUGCUUCAUGAGAUUAGAAGCUCCAGUGGCCAGAGUGUGUGGGCUAGAUACUCCUUUUCCUCUCGUGUUCGAGCCCUUCUACUUGCCUACAAAGAACAAGAUACUGGAUGCAAUCAAAUCUACUGUGAAUUACUAGUGCUCAUUCAGUCGUAAGGAGAUGCUGGAGUGCUUUAUUAGUGAACAUUUAUAUGUAUUUCCAUAAGUUACGGAUUUCUCUAUUAACAUAACAAAUACAAUAUACUUUUAUUAAAAGUUAAUGCAACAAAAAAAGUCCUGUAUUCAUCGA